AUGUCGAAGGUACGAAUCAACAUUGAGUUUUCUGUGGGGUAUGUGGUCGUUGUUUAUGCCGAGUUUGGGAAGGUGUUCGAUGAUAGCCUGCUGCUUGUACUUCGUCUUCCAAGAGCCACCACAUCUGUUGCAGCAUCACCGGACCAAUUCAAAAAUCAAUCUUCCGGAGUUCCUCCCGGCUCAUUCGGUGUUAUCCAGAUUCGAUGUGGAACGUUCCGCACCCUCGGACUGAAUGGACGCAACAUAUGGAUGAUUGUGUCAUGCGUGCAUAUAUCGAAGACUGAUACUCCCACACCUUCGGCGUUGUCAAUCGUCCAGAUCCCUACUUCGCCCUUCUUCGCUAGGAUCGGUUUGGACUCCCGUCUGCUCCUCUCUGCACCUUUAUUUGACGCAGAGCAGCGACAAGAAGCGUCGAGCUCCGACUCGGACAAGGAGCAGGAAAGACCAUGGAUCGCGAAAUGGACCAGGUUGAGCACUCGAGACGCGAAUCCCCCGACAACGAUCGACGCGGAGAACGCUGCUCCGCCUGGACUCACGCCGGAGCCACAAGCGGAUGCCAGCCGAUUUCAAGAGGGUCCCUUCAGCGAUGAACAUGCGGUGCCGCAAGAUACCGCCGCAGAAGGGGCAGCCGGUGCUGCGGCUGGGACAACUACAGCAGCGGCUGCAGCGACUGCAACUGAGCAAAAGAAGGUGCCGUUUUACAAGGUCCCUGGUUGGUGGAAAACGCGAAAUGCCCUUAUUGUGUGGGCUGUCCUUGGCGCGCUCGGGAUUGCAUUGCUCUUCAUUAUCUUGUUUCCCGUCAUAAAGGCCAUUGCGCAGCUUGUCGUCAAUAGAUCGAUCCUCAAUGUUGAUACUGCAGCGAUUUCGAAUCCGUCAAAUUCUACUUUUAACCUUACAAUGCAAGGCAUUGUUUCACAUGCCGGUAUCUUCAGCGCGAAGAUCACAUUUACUCGGCCUAUUAAUGUAACCUGGUUAAUUAAUGACACGGAGAUUGCGCUGGGCACUAUGUCACUUCAACCUAUCUUCGCCAAGCACAAAAGGGCAACAAUCGACCAGACGACGGCCUUCACGAUUGUCGACGAAGCCGCGUUCGGAACAUUCACUGAGACGAUGAUUACCCAACCUAAUUUUACGUGGCGCCUCCAUAGCACUGGCCUGCGCGUGAACGCUCUCAAGUUCCCUGUCGCAAAGGGUAUCAACUUCGAUAAGAAGCUGACAUUAAAUGGUAUCAAUAAUUUUGACGGAAAUGUCGUGUUGAAGCAGUUCCAGCUGCCGAGCGAUGCAGAAAGGGGAGGUAUCAACUUCAGCGCCACGACGGAGUUAAACAACACGAGUCCUUUCAAAGUGGACUUGGGUACCGUUGUAUUUGACUUGACGUAUAAUAACACCUUCCUGGGCUCCGGUACUGGCUUGAACAGUGCAAUACAACCCGGUCCAAAUGACAUCACCCUCAACGGCGUCCUCGUAAAACAAAACACGAGUGAUGCUCUAGCUUCGCUCUCGUCAUUGUUUACUGCAUACCUUAAUGGAGACAGUUCGCCAGUCAUAGCAAUUGGCCGGUCAGCAGCACAACCGGACGGAACGAUCAUUUCAUGGCUCAGCGAUGGAAUCAAGGCGCUAAGAUUGAACGUACCAUUCAAGAACCCAGACAGCAACGGUCCUCUCGGCCCAAUCAAGAGCAUUACGAUUGGGGACAUGGCGUUGGCAUUCAAUCAGGAUACACCGUGGGCACCGGUAGCGAAUACGGAAACGGUCUCGGCGUUUAUGCAGCUGCCAUUUGGGUUCGGAGUCUCCAUCGGCGAGAUCAUGAACAGCUUUAAUAUCUCUCAGAAUGGAAGUUCCAUUGCGGGAUUGUCAACGCCACUCGGUUCGUCAACGUCAAACAUAAGGGUACUGAACUCGACAGACACAGAGGGUACGAUCAACAUUACGAUUGAUAACAUAGCUCUGUCUGUUCCGGACAUCCAGCAUACCUUAUUUUCGCAGUUCAACACGGAUUUGACGCAGCUCACGCGCUCAGCAUUCCAGCUUGUCGGGCAAUCGCGUGCCAUUGCAAAUCUGAGCCUUGGACAGGUUACACUUGACCCAAUAAAGUUCAAUGUCACGAGUGGUCUUGACGGAUUGCGAGGUCUUCAGGGAGACACGACAAUUACUGGCGUUGACGUCCUUGGUGGAACCACCGACGGAAUUACGCUGGCUAUUAACGUAUCUAUUUUCAACCCGUCGAACUUGAACCUGAGCACCGGUGACCUGCGUUUGCAAUUGUUCCGGGAUGGAGGAUUGCUCGGCACGACACUCCUCCCGAACUUGACUCUUGUGAUGGGGAAUAACUCUCUCGUGUCUACGGGGAUCUUUGAGGCGAAUAAUAGUCCGCAAGGUCGACAGACGCUAGAUGAUUUCGUCGGUGGAACAGAUGUCAAUGUUCAGAUCGGCGGAUACAGUGGAAGCACGAAUAUCUCUUCGCUAUCCCAGGCGUUUGGUUCGCUCUCUCUUGGGGCUACUCUUCCCGGUCUGAAAUCCCAGCUAUUAUCUUCGACGUCACUCGAAGUACUAUCGACGACGGGUUGGGUUAAUAACACUGCGCACGUCACUGUCAAUCUUGACAAUCCAUUCAGUGCAGGGCUACAAAUCACACAGAUCACGUCCUCCGUGAGCUCACACGGUGUUCCUCUGGGUACGAUUAACCAGAAUGUGGCAUUCUCUGCGAAUGGAAAGUCAACAACAACGAGUCCGACAAUCGACCUUCAGAUGAACCUUGAUCCACCGGCGAUCUUCUCGCUGACACGCAGACUUGCUGUUAUGGCUGGGCUCGGCACGGACCAGUUGGAUGGCAUUGUUGCACUUGGAGGUUACAACUAUAUUACCACGACAGAUGAGGACAGCGGAACUGGUAGUGGAAGCAACUCGAGUGCGACGAAACGUGAUACAAACAUUUUUACGAACUUCAACCUUCCCGACUUCGUUGAUACGGCCUUCAAGCAGUUGAGAUCGACCGUACAGCUCACUUCAGCCGUAACAAUAGGUGACUAUAACACAGAGCUCGACUACAAUCAGACAGAUGUCCCCGUGAAGACCGAUGAGAGUCUGAAUAUGCUACUACCCUUCCUGGCUCAACCGAUAGUACAGAAGAUUGUGGAUGGCUCACUGCUUGGUAUUUCGGCCGUGACGAUCACAAAUCCGCAGCAAACGUCUUUCGGGACGAAGCUCAAUGGAAAUAUCACGAAUGCUGGACCCUUCGAUGCGAAGAUCUCCUUCGGAUCCGGUUUGACCAUAAGCUGGUCCGGAAAGCCCUUAGGCACGCUAAAGAUGCCAGAUGUCAAUCUCGCUGCAGAUGAGGGCGCCCAACUUGACCUUACAGCAGACUUCACAGUCGCCGAUGUCGACCAUCUAACCGACUUUACAAAGGUAUUGGUGACAGAAGAGAGCUUCCAGUGGGACAUCUCGGGCGAGAACCUUACCAUCUCGGCCCUCGGUAUCGAUGUACCUGGUAUCAAUUUGACGACCAAAUCGGUGUCUCUUCUCGGGAUGAAUGGGCUGAAGGGCGGUGUUAAAAUCAACUCGUUCGACCUACCUUCCAAUGAUCCUGCCGGAGGUAUCCAUUUGACAUUGAACACAACAGUGCAGAACCCUGCGCAAGUCGGAAUCGAGCUCAGCUCGAUUGGCUUCCGAAACUUCUUCCAGUCCACAUUCAUCGGUCCCGCCGCUGCGCAGAGCGAAUUUACUCUCGCACCCCAGUCAAGCACUGAUCUACCUCUGGUCGGACGCCUCGUGCCACAGAACGGAUCAGCGACCGGUCUGUCAGACGUAUCGACCAUGUUCAAUCGGUUCAUCCAUGGUGAGGACAGUACCGUCACAGUUGUUGGAGACAGCGCUGGACCUAGCGACGUUACUUGGUUGAACGAGGGUAUUAAGAGUUUGCAAAUUGAGACUAGUUUGCCUAAUCAAGGUAAACUGGAUAUCAUCAAAGCGGUUACGAUCAACCAGAUGGAACUGUUGUUCUCGGUGAAUGAUGCUUACGAUCCACCAUCAAGCAGUAACGACACGACUGCAGCAUUUACUCUUCCAUUCGCAUUUCCGGUCGAUAUCGUUGCCGUUGAACAGAAUAUCACGACAGGAUUCCAAGGCCAAUCGUUUGCGGAGCUCAUUAUCCCGAAGGGCCCGAGUACAACAGAUGUUGAGCAGCGAAUUAUCCAUUUGACCUUCAGUAAUAUUCCAUUUGCUGUAUUCGGUGACAAGCACGAUGUGUUCCAGCAGUUCCUUGCUGCGACGACAACAAGCGCGACGCAGACUUUUUCCCUUGGAGGUAUAGCAAACACGGAUGCGCAAACUGCGGUUGGGUUGCUUUCGCUGACGGAUAUCGAGUUCGACGUCGACACGUCCAUUGCGGGCCUUCAAGGCUUGAACACGAAGCCUGCGACAGUUUCUAAUCUGGACGUGAAUCAUGGAUUCCCUGAUUUCUUGUUGAUUAAGGUGUCUACUCAACUAUUCAACCCGAGCAACCUGACAAUUGGUACUGGAGAUGUCAGCUUCGGGCUCCAAUUUGAGAACGAGGAUAUCGGAAGCGCCAUCGUUAGCGACAUGAUUAUAAUCCCGGGCAGCGCGAACUACUCAACCGAUGUCCACUAUCAGCCGCAAGGUGGCGCCGUCGCAGCCGGCCAACAAAUGCUUGAGAAUUUCUUGCAAGGGAUUGAUUCCGACACGACUAUCGUUGGGUCCACAGAUACAACGCCGAUCGACUCUCUUAAACUCGCUUUGUCUGAGAUCAAGCUCAGCCCGGUCGUCAUUCCGGCACUACACCAGAAUUUGAUUACAAGCGCCUCACUUACAUUCCCGACUGACAUCGUGCAAACGGGAAUUGCGUCGACGUCGUUUACACUGUCGAAUCCCUUCACCGCAAGUAUCAACAUUCUCAAAGUAUCUGCGAAGGCGUCGUAUCAGGACAUUUUCCUCGGAUCGAUUGAUAAUACACAGUUGUCAUUGCACGCUGAUGGGCAUAGUAACGUUACUUCGCAGACGUUGCCGUUCCACUUUAACAUGAACCCUGUUGAUAUCAUUCACUUACUGGAGCUUCGCUCGCAGCAGACGGGUGUUGACCUUGGUCCAUUGCCAGACCUUUUCCAGAUCGUCCUUAACAAUCCUAACCAGAAAACUGAUAUCACAACAACUGUUGAUACCAGCGGGUCCAACUGUACAAGUGGAAAGCAAUUUGAUGUGAAUGGUGCUAUUCUGAAGGCUCUCAGUGGAAUGGGAAUCACACUCUCAGUCGAUAGUUCAAACAAGCUCGACGAUUUCGCAACCGACCUCUCCUUCAAUCAGUCAAAUGUCCCAGCUCAGAUCGACAACACGGUUUUGUUCUUAAUUGGAGAUGUCGCUCCCCUGAUUGUACAAGCGCUUGUCGACCAAGCUAGCUUGACUUUCAGUCAGGCGAAUAUCACUAACAUUGCGAACGAAGGGUUUGAUCUUGGACUCAAGGGCUCAUUGACGGGCACUGGUCCUCUCGAUGCUGAAAUCACUUUCGUUGAGCCAGUAAAUGUCAAUUGGAAUGGUCAUGACAUUGCAACCAUUUCGCUUCCGCCGGUUUGUGCAGCAGCCAAUGAUGGUGUUCCCGAUUACGAGACUAGCGGACAUCUGACCAUUACCGAUCAGGGAGCCUUCACCGAAUUCGCAACGUUCCUGCUCCACAACCCAUCCUUCACUUGGACGAUCUCGACGAACAAGCUUCGUGUUACGGCACUCGGAACAAUCUUUGAUAAUGUCUCUUUGUCGAAGGACGUCACGCUGAAGGCAUUUAACAAUCUACCUGGUGUGACAAUCAGCAACUUCAAGCUGCCAAGCGAUGAUCCUGCUGGUGGUAUUCAUAUUGAGACAGACUCAAACAUUCCUUCUCCUGCUCAACUGGGAAUCGACUUGGGCACAGUAACGUUCAAUUCAUUCUUCAAGAAUGUCUUAGUCGGCCCCUUGACAGGGCAGAACUUGGUGCUACCGCCCGAGGCUACAGUUACCGAACACUUGUCGGGAAGAAUUGUUCCUCAGUCUGGAUCGGACCUUGAUACUAUUGGAGAACUCUUCUCGAAUUUCUUGGCAGGUGAGAACCAGACGCUUAGCGUCACUGGUGACUCUGUGCAGCCCUCGGGAAGUGGAGAGGUUACUUGGUUGAGUACAGCGUUCAAGACGUUGACACUAUCUGUGAUUCUUCCUGGUCAGAAAUUCGAUAUCAUUCAAUCUAUAACGCUGGAAGACCUCGAAGUAGAGAUGAUAAGUCAAGAUCAAGCCUUCGCACCCCUCACUAGCUCCAAGACAACAUUAGCAACGUAUAAGAAUCCGUUCGGGUUCUCUUUGCAAGUUAUCGAGUCAGGAGAGAAUAUCACUCUGAAAGAUUCUGGCGGAACAGGUGUUGCUGCUCUCAACCUCCCAAGAGCUCCAGCUAACGGCGGAGUCUCGACUGGCAACGUCGCCGAUCUUAUCCUCUCGUUCUCAAACCAGACGUUACAAUCGCUGAACAACGGCGCCUUCGAAUCGUUCUUCGCCGCUGUAACUGACACGUCUUCUGUAAGCUUCAGCCUGGUGGGUACAGCAAACGUAAUUGCGAAGACUUCAAUAGGGAAUGUUCCUAUUGAUGGCAUACCGUUCGAUGUUACUUCAAACCUGAAAGGCAUUGACUCGUUCGGAGGCACAGCAAGCCUGAGCAACGUCAGCAUUACUGGAAGUGGCGGAAAUGGUGGGAACCAGUUUAUUGUAUCGCCGCUGACAACUACUCUGGACAAUCCAUCUAAUAUCUCACUGUCAACCAAUGAUAUCGCCCUUCCUGUGAUAUUUAAGGGUGUCAAGAUCGGUCGUGCUGCCAUUAAUCCAUUCAAUUUGGUUCCAGGUCAGAACACAAUCGCAACUGAGUUCCACUACGAGCCAGAUAACGCGAACGACACGACAGCUCAGGGUUUCGUAUCUGAAUUCGUAACCACUGGCGAUACCCUUGACCUCACGAUUCAAGGUGAUGGAGACAGUUCGCCGUAUGCGUCGUUGGACCAGGCUCUCGAGGGUGUUAAGAUUGGGACAAGCCUACAGGGUUUGAACCACCCUACCCUCAUUACCCACAUCAACGUCUUUAUUACACUCGACACGCUCGUAACGAACAUGGUAUCAAUCAACUUCGAUGUCGCAAAUCCACUUGAUGCAGACUUCAACAUUAAAUUUGUCCAGUCCGACGGCGGAGUGAACGGCGAGACUUUCGCUCACUUCGAUCAACCCUUUGACAACUUCGUUGUCCCGGCACAUGGCACCGCAAACAGCGGGACAUUCGGCAACGUUCUUCUCGUCAAGGGAGCACUAGCGUCUCUCGGCAUCAUCCCACUUGGUCGACUCGAUAUCCAAGCAGCACAGACAGUGCAGAUUGACGUUGGUGGAUAUGAGUUGCCAUGGAUGAAGAUUAGCCAGCCGAACGUGCCGACGACGUAUAGCUUGGCGUUGUCAAUCUCGGAGAUGCGUUCAGCAUUGAGCAGUAUGAGCGCGUCGAGUGCUGGGCUCACUGGGACUGCUGUGUCUGCAUUGAGCUCUGUGGCGAGUCAAUUAUCGAGUGGUGUGUCAGGUGGAGUAUCGUCAGUGAGCAGCAAGGUGUCAUCUGCUGUAUCAUCCGUGUCAAGUGAGGCUUCUUCUGCUGUCGCUUCGUUGACAUCGCAAGCUGGCGGUGUUGUCGGCGAUGCAACGUCAGUCCUUGGCGGCCUUGUACCAACACGCACAUCAGCAUAAUGUACUUCUCCAUGAAACCAUAGUGACCUAUCAUGCUUAAAACGCUUCUCACAUGUAUUUGUGACGGUUUCUCGUUUCAAUACGACAUGGAUUAAUGAUAUUUUGUAACAUUACUGCAUCGUCACUUUUUCUUUUAUCAUUUUCUUGGUCUGUUUUCUUCUCCAGUUUUGCACAUGUUUUCUUCGCAGAGGACAAUCGCUGUUUUCAUACGUGUGGUUUACUGACAAGUUAUUCGCCUUCGUUAUUAUGAUUUUCAUACCACUUACAUUAUUGUUUGUCUUGUUGUCUUACUAUUUUUC